AAGUCUUCGUUUCAUUUUUCAUUUUUCAUUUCUCAACCAAAAAAAAAAGCAAUCAGUCAAAUGGAAAGGGGAAGAUCAGAGAUGGAGAUGAUAAACAACAUGGCAAAUUGCUUGAUUCUUCUAUCAAAGGCUCAUCAAAACGACACCAAAAGCCGUGUUUUCGCGUGCAAGACAUGCAACAAGGAGUUCCCGUCGUUCCAAGCCUUGGGAGGCCACCGAGCCAGCCACAGGCGAUCGGCAGCGCUUGAAGGCCACGCGCCUCCUUCUCCUAAGAGAGUCAAACCGGUGAAACAUGAGUGUCCCAUAUGCGGUGCUGAGUUCGCGGUAGGGCAAGCCUUGGGUGGUCACAUGAGGAAGCAUAGAGGUGGAUCAGGAGGAGGAGUUGGCCGGAGUUUAGCACCGGCUACAACGCCGGUGACGAUGAAGAAAUCUGGCGGUGGUAAUGGAAAGAGGGUUUUGUGUUUGGACUUGAACUUGACGCCUUUAGAGAACGAAGAUUUGAAGUUGGAACUUGGGAGGUUGAUUUUCUGAUUUUUUUUUUUUUUUGGGGGGUAUACUUGUGUAGGGUAAGUUUAUUUUAUCUGAUAUUUUUUUAAUUUUUUAGGCUUUCAGUAAUUUUUGUAUAAGAACUUUACGGUAUAUACCGUUUUAUGUAUAGAUACAGAUAUACAUCUUAUAUUGUUCGAGUUAUUAUAUAUAUAAGUCUGUUUCAGUAAUAAUCAUUUUGUUGAAUU